AUGAGCAGAUUGGUUCUGUCCUUUGCUCGGACUCAAAAACACAUUUUGAAUGGUGUCAGAAAGUACUCCUCACAACCAAAGUCUUCUUCUUCUUCCUUCAAGCCAAUUGCAACUGCAGUGGCAUUAUUGGGUACAGGUAGUUUAUUGGGUUAUAAGGUAUCGAAAUUGACUCCAGAUCCCGAGAAGGGUCGAUUGGAUCGGUCUACUUCGCCUUUAAAGACUUUAUCAACGCCUCAAUAUGCAGAUGAAGCUGCCUAUAAUAAAGCAGUUGAGCUUAUCACUGAAGUCGUUGGUGCAGAAAACAUAACUACGGACAAAGACGUACUUGCGUCAGCUGCAGACUCUUUCUUCAAUAUCCACCACCCCUACAGCACCACUCAGACACCACUGAUUGUGGUUUAUCCAUCUUCAACGGAAGAUGUAUCCCAGCUCCUAAAAAUCGCUAACGAAUAUAGAGUACCUAUUGUGGCCAACUCAGGUCUUACAUCCUUAGAAGCCCACAACAUGCACACCAGAGGUCCAUAUUCAAUUUCCGUUUCAUUCCAACGAAUGAACAAAAUUCUUGCCUUUCACCCUCAAGAUUUGGACGUAGUGGUCCAACCUGGUGUUGGAUGGCAAGAAUUAGACGAAUGGCUCUUGGACCGUGAAGAUGGAAGGAAUUUACUCUUUGGACCAGACCCCGGGAUCGGGGCCAACAUUGGAGGUAUGGUGGGUACAUCUGCCAGUGGUACCAAUGCUUACAAAUAUGGAACUAUGAAGGAAAACGUUAUCAAUGUUACUGUAGUGUUGGCAGACGGAACCGUGGUGAAGACAAAGCAAAGACCUCGGAAAAGUGCUGCUGGUUAUGAUCUCACUCAUUUAUUCAUUGGCUCUGAAGGUACGUUAGGUUUAGUCACAGAGAUCACUCUUAAAUUGAAUGUUAGACUGAGUCUUGAAUUGGUUACCGUCGCAACUUUCGAUACUAUCCGUGAUGCCGCUGCAACUGCACAGAAAAUCAUUACCAGUGGGUUACAGUUGAAUGCCGUUGAAUUGCUUAACACCACCAUGAUGUCGUACGUUAAUAAGAGUUCUAGUGCUGAUGGUAAGGAGUUUAUUGAGAAACCUACGCUUUUCUUGAAGUUGGGUGGAACGGAUAAACAUGCCAUUGACCAGCAGUUGAAGAUAGUCAACGGGCUUGCUAAAGAGAACAACGUUGUUAAGCUUGAAAACUCUUCUAAUGAAGAUGAAAAUCAAUUAUUAUGGGCGGCAAGACGUAAUGGGUUGUGGUCAACUUUUGAACAUGGGGAACACGUUCUAGAGGAUAAGAAGGAUGUACAACUUUGGGUUACGGAUUUUGCCGUACCCAUUUCGCAUUUGGCACAAGUCAUCGCCGAAACUGAUGCUGAUUUACAAGCAAAUGGCUUUGAUAAUCGGUACUCAGUAUUGGGCCAUGUUGGUGAUGGUAAUUGUCACUUUUUGGUCGUGUACAACUCCAAGGAUGUCCACAAGAUUGCGGCAAUAGUCGAUAGAAUGAACUACAGAGCUAUUGGCUUUGGAGGUACUUGUACUGGAGAACACAGUAUUGGGAUUGGUAAGAGAAAGUAUCUUGAAGCAGAGUUGGGAGUUCAGGCUGUGGAUUUGAUGAGACACCUUAAAAUGGCUUUGGAUCCUCGUCGUAUUUUGAAUCCUGAUAAAGUGUUUGAAAUCGACCCAGAAGACACCAUUCAGGCUCAUUUGGAUGCUGGACAUGUCGUCGAGGUCGGAAAGCCUUGUUUGCAUUAG